AUGUCUGAUCCAACAAUAUUUUCAAAUUUCAUACCUACAUCCUUGAAUGUUAUUCGCUGUGACAAUGAUAACGACAAUUAUAAAAUGUGUAUAGUUGCAAUGAAGAGCGGAGAGAAAAUAUGUUUUCAAGGUAGUCUUCUUGUUGCAACAAUUUAUGGAGACGCGUUAAUUAUGGGAUAUAGAUUAAAAAGUGCAAAAUCAAAAUUUUUAGAAAACAAUUUUAAUAAUUUUGAAGGUGAAAAAGAAAUGGACAUUCUAUUUCAUCCAGUGUUUUCACCUAAAACACAUUCACUUUUAGUUAUAGAUAUUAAAGCAUCAAAUGGUAUAAAACACUGCAUCAAUGAAAUGUUGAAAAAAAACAACGAGCACAACAUAUUGAGAAAUGGUUAUGACACCAUACUUGUUUUCCGAGAUAUUGUUUCAUGGUGUGGUAUUAAACAUUUGGGAAUUGUCGCACCAAUAUAUAGUGAUAUUUUCAUUCCUGAUGAUGACAAGUAUAAAUCAAACAUAGAAAAACAAGAUUUUUUUCAAAUUCCAGGAUUUUAUCCGGGUGUUACAUCUUUUAAAAUAUUAGAUUCUUGGAAGCAUGCAGCAGAUGAAAUGGAGACUGACUUAAUUAAAUGUCCAAAAGUUGCGUAUCUUGAAACAGAUAUUGGACAAAGUGAAUUUACACCAGAAGGAAUUUUGUCACUCAAUAUUAUAGAAUCACCUAUUCUUGAAAUACAUAAUUUGCCAGCAUUUCCAACCGAUUUGAUAUCUUCAUUGAAAAUGACGAAUGAAUCGACAGCUCUUAAAAUAAUAAAACUUGAAUUUUUUGAUAAUUCCACCAUUUCCAACAAAAGAUAUACAUCUUCAGAUUAUCGAACCUUGAAUAUGGUAUUUUAUUUUCACGGAAAUUAUAAUAAUGGAACACAAGAUGAUGGUAAUGAUGAAUGGUGGCAAUUUCGUAAACCGUUAGUUAGGCAUUUACCAUGGUGUUUGGAUUGGAAAAGAUGUUUAACUAAAGGAGUAAUAUUGAUGUCAGAAGAGGUACCUUAUAGUCAAUUAUUGUAUGCAUUAAAUGGAUCGUUGGUCGCAUUGAUUGGAGAUAAUAAUUCUGAUCAUUAUUAUUUUCAAGAAGAUGAAGGAUUAUUUGAUGAUGAUAAUGAAGAUUCAAUGAUAAUUGAAAAUCAAGAAGAACAUGGUCAUAAAAAGAAGAUUAUACCACCAAAAUAUAAUCUAAAGAGAUCAACACUGCCAUCACCAACAGAACAUCAAUGUCUUGGAUUAGCAAUUAUACGAUCGAUUGAUCCAACCAACCACACAUUUCAUAUACUAACACCACUCCCGCCUACAAUCCUUUUCAAGACCAAUGCAAUAAUGAAAGGAAAUUUGGAACUGCCAAUAUGGAGUAGGAGUAGCAAAGGGGUGAUGGUGUCGUUUGGAGUUUGUGGAAUACCAUGGAAUAAGUUACCAUAUAUGAGUGUUGAAGCGGGCGAAGGGGUAGGUAGUACUGCUAGAAAUAAUAGGAGAUAUCUUAAAAGACGUCAAUAUUCAUAA